UCUCCUCGUCACGCUCGCUCGCAAGGUCGCACAAGCUGAUCGCGAUUAGUUCCUCUCGUUAGUUCUACUAUCAUCGCUAAGGUCCGCUGGAGAAUUCUGGAUUCUGCUCGUUCCGGCAAAUCAGCUACACGAUGACGACGCUACCGAUAAUCAACAUGGAGAUUGGCGAGCUAAAAGAGAUCGUUUGGACGAGGCUGAAAGAGCCACAAAAUCAACGUAAGCUCGUCCUGGUAAUCGUAUCGGUGGCGUUACUACUCGACAACAUGCUGUAUAUGGUGAUCGUACCGAUAAUUCCGCAUUAUUUAAAAUACGUCAAUUCGUAUGGGGAAGAAGGCGAAGAAGGCAAUGAAACCAUUCCGGUGUCUCAUCAUGGACAAGACUCGGCAACGGGAGUGCUGUUCGCGUCUAAAGCGAUCGUACAGCUGAUGGUGAAUCCGUUUUCGGGUGCGCUAAUCGAUAAAAUCGGUUACGAUAUUCCAAUGAUGAUAGGCUUGUGCAUCAUGUUCCUAUCGACGGCCGUAUUCGCUUGCGGCAGGAGCUAUGGUGUAUUGUUCUUUGCUAGAAGUCUUCAAGGAGUGGGUUCGGCUUUCGCGGACACUUCCGGUCUUGCUAUGAUAGCCGAUCGAUUCACCGAAGAAUCGGAACGUUCGAAGGCUCUUGGAAUAGCUUUGGCUUUCAUAAGUUUCGGCUGCUUGGUAGCUCCGCCAUUUGGUGGUGCUUUGUAUCAGUUCGCUGGUAAGGAGAUGCCGUUCUUGAUAUUGGCUUUCGUCAGCUUGGCCGACGGUUUUAUGUUACUGCUAGUAAUGAAACCUAUGAAGGAACAAUUUAAGGCAAGACAUCGCGAACACGCGCCGACGAUACCAAUCUGGCGACUUUUAAUGGAUCCCUAUAUCGCUGUAUGUGCUGGUGCUCUCAUGAUGUCGAACGUAGCGUUGGCUUUCCUGGAACCAACCAUUUCACUUUGGAUGGAAGAUCACAAUAUAACUCACGAUUAUUGGAAGAUGGGUAUGAUCUGGCUACCAGCAUUUUUCCCUCACGUUUUCGGCGUCGUUAUCACCGUCAAAAUGGCGAAACAGUAUCCUCAACAUACGUGGUUAAUGGCAGCCGGCGGUCUUGCUCUGGAAGGUCUCUGCUGCUUCAUCAUUCCAUUCUCGACCUCGUACAAGGCCUUGAUGAUCCCAAUUUGUGGAAUUUGCUUUGGCAUUGCUCUUAUCGACACAGCUCUCCUACCGACGCUUGGAUAUCUCGUGGAUGUCAGAUACGUGUCGGUUUACGGCAGUAUCUAUGCCAUUGCAGACAUUUCCUACAGCCUUGCGUAUGCAAUCGGUCCUAUAAUAGCAGGUGGUGUCGUUGAAGCGAUCGGAUUUACGGCUCUUAACAUUGGCAUAGCCUUUUCAAAUCUUCUUUAUGCACCUGUUCUUUAUUAUCUCCGACAUAUUUACGAUUUCAAGCCCUUCCAAGACGAAGCUGACGUAUUGAUGCAGGAUUCACCCGACAAAGAAUAUCAAACUUAUGUACUUCAAGAGCAAAGGCCGAUAUCCGGUGAACUUGGUAAUCAUUUGAAUCAAACUCGAAUGGAAACGAACGUCGAUCAAAAUUAUGAUCCAAAUUAUCAAACUAUGCAGAGUUCGGGAUACGAUCAAAGUGGAUACGGUCAAAACGUCGGAGCUCCUGCUUACAAUCAAGCUAGUAGUUACGAGCAACAAGCUUCUACCUACGACCAACAACAACAAGGACCUUUAAAUUAUGCUCAACCAAUCGGUUACGUACAACAACCGCAACAACAACUACCGCAACAACAACCUUAUGCGCAACAGGAGAUGCCGGAGCAACGGGGAUCGCAAAUGGAUGUGAAUCCAUUCAGAAGGGCUCAUCCCGAUGUAGUCGAACAGCAAAGACCAGCCGGUGAUAGCAAUCCUUUUAGGCAAGGAUUGUAUUAGUCAUCCUUCAACGGUAAAAAAGAGAGAGGAGUAUGUUCGGGAUAACUUAUGAUCCUGAUCGGCGUCGAGUGUUCGAGACUAGUCUUCGAAAGAUAGGCUUCCAGUUAUGAGCAAAGAAGAAAAUGAUGUCUCAUAAAGCAUGAUAGGACAUCUCUUCAUUUUGUAAUCAGUUCAAAUCCCAUUGGUAUACCUUACGCGUUUUUUCGAUUUUCAGUGCUUCAUACAUAUAUAUUCUACGAUAAAAAAAAAAAAAUGAUAACACACAACGAAUCUCUCAACGUUAUCAUAUAACCGAUCUAAUAUCGUUAUAAUAAUCCGUUGCUUCAAUAUUCCGCAGCAGAGAAGAAAAUUAAUAAUCAGGCCAGUGCGAUCAUACACGUUACAUCUACAAUUUGCUUGUUUAAUGAAUUCAAUAUAAAUCUACUUGCUAAAAAAUACCGUUGGCCUGAAAUACAUACAUCCGAAGAAGGAUUGAUUAAUCACGGAAUAUACUGCUAAAAAAUAUCAGAACAAGGGAGAGAAAGACGAGUGAA